AUGAACAGCGUGCUCAUCUGCAACCCGGACGGGAAGCUUCUCCUGUCGAGGUAUUUCGAGGCACAGAGUCAUGGAUCAGAGUGCGCUUUCGAACCCUCCUCAGGCGGUGAACACACGGCGGCGGGUUCGUUGAGAGAUACCGCCAAGGGUCGAAGCUCAACCCUUUCGGAAGUGCUGGGGCAGACGAGGCAUCUCUGGACGAAGGGCACGUCAGAGUGCCCUCAGGUCGCCCGGGCUAAGGGAGGGCUGAUCAUUGUGUUUGGAGCAGUAGAAGAUCUCCUCCUGUUCCUGUGCGGCUCUGGGGAAUGUGACGAGCUUACUUUGGCUGACAUGCUGGCAACGCUUGCGAAGGUCAUUGUGGCCUUGUGCAGACAGGGCGGCAAACACCAGAGGGCCACGGAAACGGCUUUCCUGUCGAGCAACGGCACGAGCAGCAUCUACAGCAAGGCCUGCCUCGUCAUCGACGAAAUGAUUCCCGGGGGUAUCCUGGAAUCCCUAGACUCUGACGCCAUCUUGAGUUCUAUCAAGCUGCAAAAACCCACCUCAGCAGCACCGGUUGCCGGCUCGAAAAAGGGGCGAUGA